GCUCUCAUACCUCCACCUCAAACCCAAUCAACCUACCAAAAAUCUUAACAAUCCACCACCCAAAAAUGACAGAUUAUCAGACCUACAAUCCGCAACACCAUGUCGGAGGAGGAGUAGGAGGAAUGCAUCAGCAGCAGUACACCAACACCUCUCCGCGGGCUCACCAAGCAGUCAAAGCAGCCACGGCCGCCACCGCCGGUGGCUCACUCCUGGUUCUCUCCGGUCUCACACUGGCGGCGACUGUUAUCGCACUGACAAUCGCCACUCCGCUACUUGUGAUCUUCAGUCCGGUGCUUGUCCCGGCUGCCAUCACCGUGUUUCUUCUGGCCACUGGGUUUUUGACGUCGGGAGGAUUUGGAGUGGCGGCGGUGACGGUGUUAUCAUGGAUUUACAAGUACGCGACUGGUGGGCACCCACCAGGGGCUGACUCACUGGAUCAGGCUAGGGAUAAGUUGGGGUACAAAGCUCGGGAGAUGAAGGGGAGGGCGGAGCAAGCCACCGGAAUGGGACACCACCAGAGAGCUGAUCUGUAGGUUCUCUCAUGAAGGAGAUAAUGUUCAUGCCUAUGAUCAUGUGUCGGCUAUAUGUCUAUUUUUAUUGCUUUUUUCUUUUUGGUUAAAUGAUUUUGUGUGUGUUUUCAUGUGGUGUUUGUGUGUAUUAUGUUUGAUGUAAUAAAUCAAGUACAAGUUCUUUAUA